AUGUAUUGCCAGGACCCCAACGUUUGUGCAGUGUUUGCUGUACAAGGAGGAAAAGUGGGAAGAAAGCAUGGCAUAAAAAGGGGGAGGAGACCCAGCAUGCAAAACCCAGCUCAGCAGGCCAGAGGACCCUGGAUCCAUGAGAGUAAGCAUCCGGCCUUCGCAAAGCAACAGAUAAACUUGGAGAUGCCCAGCUCUGGAGUGACAACAGAGCGAGCCUGUGUGUGCAGCUCCACCUCAAGAAAAAAGAAUUGGGCAAGGUCCCUGACUCUUCCCACUGCUCCACUGAGCCCCGCACCAUCCUUGGUGCAGCACUGUGAAGAUUGUUCUUGCCUGCCUGGCUGCCAUUUGGGUGAUCUCUACAAUCUGGCCACAGCAGAAAGAACUUGCUGGCAGCAUAUCAAUAGCAGAGAUGGAAGUCUGGUCAUAUGGUGUCCACAUCUAUUGAAGUAAUCAUGCUGAUACCAGUUAUCCCUGGCUCUCUGUCUUCAAGGCACAUGGUAGAACUAUACUUCCUAGCUUUCUGUGUGGCUGGGUGGGUCACAUGACAAGUGCAGACAGAUGAGUUAUGAUUAGAAGCAUUUAAUUGUUAAUACAUAUUCUAGUGGUCUUUCCUUCCGCCAUCACAACUGACGAUGUUUCAGACAGUGACUUCUCCAUUAUGCUGGUUCCAGAGUGAAAACAGAGCCCAGUAGAGUCCGUAGCUGAUACAAUAUGGACAUGUAGGGUGAAUGAGAAAAAGCUUUUGUUGGGUUUAGCAUCUGAGGUUUGAUGGUUUGUUACUACUGCAGCACAUCCUUACCUAUGCUAACUAAUAUGAUUAUCAUUGACUAACCUGACAACAGAAGAAUCUUUCCACUUCUACUGUGAUGAGGAACAGAGUUUUACCUGUUAUGUCUUAAUAUUAGAUAGCAGCAGCCUCUGGAAAUAAUUCUAUCUCUACCACUUCUUACCCAUGUGGCAUAAAGCCAGCUACUAAACCUCUCCAUGUUUCAGUUUUCUCUUUUAAAAGUGGGAAUAAAUAAGACCUUUCUCAUGGAGUUAUUGAUCAAAUGAAAUAAUUAAAUAACGAGUAUUUAAAUUUUAAAUUUAAAUGAAAAUUUAAAUGAAAUAAUGCCUAUGGAGUAUUUAUUCAGUCCAUAAAAUCCUCAGUAAACAGUAGUUGGUCUUACUAACACAAAGGAAAUUGACAAAGCCAUACCAUUUUUCCAAAGCAGUUUCUAAGACCAUAUGAUCUCAAAAAAUCCCAACUUUCCACUGUAAA